AUGGAACCAGAAUUGACUGUCAAUGGGACAUAUGUUGUUAAUGACAUACAUCCCUGCUAUGAAUCAGAUAAUACAACUUACAUAUUUACAAGCAACCCUUCCAUAAUAUGUCUCUCAGCAUAUGUUUUCCUUGGCUUAUUAUCUGUUACCACGAUAUGUGGGAAUCUUCUCGUAAUAACCUCCAUCAUUUACUUCAAACAGCUCCACACUCCUACAAACUACCUCAUCCUGUCUCUGGCUGUGGCUGACCUGCUUGUUGGUGUUUUAGUCUUUCCUUUCAGCAUGGCAUUCUCUCUUAGCUCAUGUCUGUAUCAUGAGAAUUUAUUUUGUAAAAUACGAGACAGCUUUGAUAUAUCACUGUGCACAUCUUCUAUUCUGAACUUAUGUUGUAUUUCCAUUGACAGAUAUCAAGCAGUGCAUCAGCCUUUGACAUAUAGAACUAAAAUGACUGUCCAUGUUACUUUGAUAAUGAUCCUGGUGUGCUGGGGUAUUUCUGCUUUAAUUGGAAUUGGCAUCAUAAUAGCAGGAUUCAGCCAAGGAACAUGUGAAGAAAUGUGCUCUGUUGAUGUUGCACUGGCAAAUAUUUUGGGACCUGUUUUAUCUUUUUACUUCCCAGCAAUCAUAAUGAUCUGCAUUUACCUGAAGAUUUUUCUUGUUGCUCGGAAACAGGUGAACAGCAUCCAGAAGACAACUUGUCAGAGCAUAAAGUCCGGAGCAACUGUCAGUAAGAUGGAGAGAAAGGCCACCAAAACUCUGGCUAUAGUUAUGGGAGUUUUUCUUUUAUGUAUGAGUCCUUACUUUCUUUGUGUGGUUUUUCAGCCUUUAGCUUAUAAUCCUCCACCAGUUCCUGUGAUUGAAGCACUUAACUGGCUUACACUGUCAAAUUCAAUGCUGAAUCCCUUCAUAUAUGCUUUCUUUUACAAGUGGUUCCGAUCGGCUUUCAGAAUGAUCAUUACCGGAAAAAUAUUUCAAGGUGAUUUUGCCAAUUCAGAAUUGUUUUUAUGA